ACAGCUACCUCAAGGUUGCUUUAGGUUGGUACCAAGGAAUAGCACUAUUAAGUUUUGUCUCGCUACACCAACUGUGCCUGGCCUCAGCGGGGGGCGGGACCCCUGUCGUCCUCUCAUGCCCCUCCCCUGUGUCUCACGGCGCGCCGCUCUCACCCCGACGCCCCGUCUCCGCCCGCGCAUCUGCCCGGGCCUGCCAAGGACCCCUCCCCCCGAUGCCCAGGACACGCCCACCUCCGCCCCGGCCCAAUGACCGCCUGGAUCGUCCUGCCCGUCAGCCUGGCUGCCUUCUCCAUCACAGGAAUAUGGAUUGUGUACGCUAUGGCCGUGAUGAACCACCACGUCUGUCCCGUGGAAAACUGGUUCUACAACGUGACGUGCUCGGAGGAGACAGCCAAGCCCGGCUUCCCCAAAACGUGCUGCACCAUCCAGGAUAUUCCCCUCAUCAGUAAGUGCGGCUCCUAUCCACCCGAGAGUUGCCUGUUCAGCCUUAUUGGGAAUAUGGGAGCCUUCAUGGUGGUGAUGGUGUGCCUCCUCCGCUACGCUCAGAUCAUAGAACACAGUCACCACUGUUGGACCAACACCAGCGGCCUGGUGUCGGGCUUUUGUAAUGCACUGGGACUGGUCAUGGUGGGCAACUUCCAGGUUGACCAUGCCAAGACCCUGCACUACGUGGGGGCGGGUGUGGCCUUUCCCGCCGGCCUACUUUUCGUCUGCCUGCAGUGUGUGCUGACGUAUCGCGUGGCCAUCACCACACUGGACUACUGGAUGGCCCACAUGCGGGUUGCCCUCGCCACCGGAUCCCUGGUCUCCCUCGUCCUCAGUGGAAUCUUCUUCAUCCAUGAGAGUUUUGUCCUGCAGCAUGCGGCUGCCAUCUGUGAGUGGGUCUUCACCGUAGUCAUCCUCGUCUUCUAUGGCACCUUCACCUACGAGUUUGGCACCGUCACCAGCGAGACCAUGUUGGCCGGCCUCCAGCGGAACCUUCCCCAUGGGGCCGGGGUCAUCCUCGGGGGCGGGUCCAGAGGUCUUGGGGGUGGGGCUACAAAGGGGCUGAAGUCACCAGGGGGGAGCAGUACCUCGACACAUCUGAACUGCACGCCAGAGAGUAUAGCUAUGUUUUAGUCUCUCACACACAUAUAAACACAUGCACGCACGCACACAAACACUUACUCUCUCACACUGAGCGGUGCUGCCUAGCAAUUACUUAAAAUACAGUCGCCCCACAAACAGUAAGAGUCACAAGUGUAGCACCCGGGCAUCAUACAUGUUAUUGGAUUCAUUGCUCUUUACACACCUGCUAAAAACAUGGUGAUUCGUGGUCAAACUGGAACGUAGCAGGGACUCUCCUAAACUCUGCAGUGCAGCUCAGGGUUUAGUCCACGACUGCCGGGACCAGCUUGACUGACACAUUGGAUACGUCAACACCGUGGACACCACUGUAUUAAUCCGCUCCCUGCCAGCUCUGUUUAGGUGUAGGUUGAUUUACCCCCACAAAAAAAUCUGACUACUCCACAGAGAGGUAAGGUAUUUGGGCCAAACAGGAAACUCUGGGUAUUUUUUUUUAACAUUAUCUUUUUUUAUGUUACAAGUCACUUUAUAUUUUCUGUUUCUGAAGUGGUUUGUGGGAUUCGUUGCCUGAGCUGUAGAAGUGGAAAGGAUAUUUUAUUCAUCUAGUUUGCACAAGAGAGAAGUCUUUCUCACAGAGCUUGCUUAACGUAUGGCCACUCUUCUGCUUGGCAAAAGGGAAUUUUUUGCACGUUACACAGUUAAUGAAAUCAUAAUGAAACUCUUUUUCUAAAGAUCUUUUUAAAAGUUUUUUUUAAAUUUUUUUUUUAGCACUACUAAGUUAGAAGUAUCCUACACUGAAUGUACGAGAGGCGCUGGAUGUAGUUUCUAAGAUGUUGCUGAAUGUAACUGAGCUUGUUUGACUUGUGCAAACAUUUAUACGUUUAGAAAAACAAUUAAGGAAGUAAGACUUGAUAAUAGAAUAGCUUGCAAUUGUGUGAAACUGAGGAAGAUUUUUUUUUCUUGAAGCUCCUGCACAUGCCUAUAAAUCAUAGAUAACCAUUUUCUUGUGGUUAUCAAUUAGUAACCACUGCUUUAUAAGGCAAAUUACUUGUCUGCCUGUUGUGUUUUUCUAGUUCCUUUCAAUUUCCUCUCUGUAUUAUAGGUCACGAGUCCCAUUAUUCCUAAGGGUCCAUAUCUUUCCAUACCUCUCCUUCUAGUUCGUAAACUGACGUGUUCAUCUGGCUUCAAAAUCACAGAGUGACAGUUGUUUUUUUCUAUUUUAUGCCUAAUAUGGAGGCCAAAAUGUCUAACCCUUUUUUUUCCUUGGCAGUUGGCAAGAGAUUUUGUCUCUUGGACAUUCACAUUCUGUUGCCAUGUUCAUAUUGAAACCGGGCUAACCAGAGCAGCUCUGUUCCUUGAGUAUUACAUCGCAACCACUACAGCUUGGAGUAUCGUGGUUUUGGCAUAUAGCCACUGGGAGGUGUGGAUGCCAUAGAGGAGAAUAGUGCCAACAGUCAGCGGUCCUGUUUACCAGUACUGUGGUUGACUGAACCCUAGAAUCGUAGCUAGUGGUCUCCAGGCUGGUUCCUAGGAAACCAUGGUUGCACAUUCUGAUGUUGGGAUCUGUUUGGGCCUUAAUCUUCUGGUAGCUGCUGAGAGCUACUUGUAGGUCAGUCAUGUACAUGGGAUCACUCAUUUGUUCCCCUGCAGUCCUUAUAUUUAAUAGUUCAAAGGUCACAAUACAUCUUUGGUCCAUUUGCCACAGAUUUUUGUGGUGGUAUUCUCUGUUCAGCUUUUGAGUUUCCCACCAGAGAGUGACUUGCAGUGAAUUCCAACAGUCCAAAAGUAUUGAGCCAUUUUGCUUAUCCACAGGAAUGUUUUUGCAGUGCCAAACUUAAUUAUGCAUACUGCUGAUCCAAAUCGCUUGUUUACAAUCUGUGUGCGGUAAUGGCAGAAUUCUGAUGAUCAGAAGCUACCUUGUCAGUUUGACCUGAAUUUGUGCCAACCAGUGUGGCUCCAGAGGAUUUACAUUCAAACCAAAUCUAACCACAUGUAAGUGGUUUUGAUCCAGUUCAAAUACACGGAUGUAAACAAGCCUGUUGCAUGUUACUCAGGACUGUAUGGAUUUAGUCACCACUGUACACUCAAACCAAAAUUUUAGCACCAUGAAUAGCUUUGAAUACUUUUGAGUAGUGUAGACAUGUCUCGUGCAGUUACUCACCACUGCACAACCACUCACUGAAGUAUUUUCACAAUGUGUUUACAUUCACCUCUGUGGCCACUAGAUGACUACGACGCCUGUGACCAACACACAGCUGAUCUGUCGAUGUUGGUCAUGUGGAAGAAAGAAAAAAGCCAGACUUCAGGCUGCUUUGUCAUGAAACUACAUCACAUUCCUCAUCCCUCUGAGUGAUGCACCAACCAUUUUAGCAAUGUGCAAGCAGUUGAGCAGAGGACAAAAUACCUGUUCAUAAGCUUUGACUGCAGGACUGUAUGUGUGUAAUUGUUACAUAACACCACACAGCCUUUUCACUUCUGUAAAGACAACUGAUAGCUCACCCCUGCCAGCAUUUCUUUAGGUUACCCAUGUAUGUGUUUUGUUCAGCCAAAUUAAGUUUUUUUCUUGUAUGUUGUUUUUUUUUUUGGCGAUUGGUAGGAGAACCAAGAGUGAGCUUCACAAAAUAUUCAACAUUUCUGAUGCAGUUUUGCCAUAUUUGUUGAGCUAUCCAAACUAAAUUUGUUACUGAGGGCCUGCCAACUGAUUUACUGAAAACUCACGUCACAUUUAAAGCUGGUUAACUGAUUCCUAACAGUCACACUGACAGAGGGCAACAAGGGCCAGAUCAAGUUUCUCAAGAACAAUCUCUGCUGGGCACUCUCAUGUUAGCUCUGGGGAAUGACCACUGCAGUUUAGUGAUUUUCUGCCUGCAAGUUUUCUCUCUCAGUAAGAGUUAUUUUUCAGAUGCCUUUAAAAUAUAAGGAAAUAUUUUUAUCAACACAUUUGCUUCUAGUACAGGAUGGAAGAAAUGAGGUUCAAACUCCAAAACUGAAAUAAAAAAGCAAUGCAGAGAAUAUUUUUUAUUUUAUAAAUCACUUAUGUAAAUAAGUAAGAUUUAUGUAUCAUUUAAAUGAUUUUUCUUUGAUCAGAGAUUUAUAUUCAAUUACAGUAAAAAAAACAAAAAAAACAAAACAGUGAAAAAUAAACAAUAUAUGGAUACACGCAUUUCGGUCUCCUUUUUUUAGUAGUUGAUCCGGACUUUUAUUCUGUAUGGUUUUAAUUAACUGGAAUGUGAAGGGAAGGCCAUUUUUCCAUCAGCACUUUUUGGCAUCCUAUUUAGUUUCUGUUUCCCCACUGAACUGCCUGCUCAGUCUCACGCUGUGGACACUGCGCACUAAAGGCACUGCUAGUUUAUUACUUACAGCGGAUGCAGAUUAGGGACUAGAUAAGGGCAAGUCCGGUCACAGGUCUUGGCUUCUUGACUUCACCAUGUCAUGUUGCAGGUAAAUUAAUGGUGCUGUUAGUGGCCA